AUGCUAGAGAAUUGUUGUUACGUCAAACAAUGCUACGGGCAAGGCCUCAUCAUCGUCGUCUUUCGGGACGACAGUUUGAAUAAGAAGUCGCGGCAUUGCCGUUCCGUGAGUCGCACCAUGUCCGCGCGCGCCGCCGCGCCGCUCCUCGCCGCCCUGGCGGUGGUCGUCAUCGCCGUGCUCCGCGUCCACGGCGCCGUCGUGGCCACCCCGUCCGACGAGGACGACGACGUCCUAGACCCCCGGAAGAUCGUGGACCUCCUCGGCGAGGAGGACUACCUGGACGUGCUGGUGGGCGGAGGGGAGGACGGCAAGUGGCUGUCGCUGCCGGGCUUCGGGAUCUUCGACAACUGCAUUCGACCCGAGGCGGAGUGUCCCAAUGGCAACAUCACCUUCUGGCUGUACACGCGGGAGACGGUGGGCCAGCCCGAGCAGCUCGACGUGGCCGUGCCCGAGUCCAUCGAGUACGCGCGCUGGUCGCGGGGGAAGCCCGUGAAAGUGCUCAUCCACGGCUACACCGGCGACAAGGACUACUCGCCCAAUACCGAGAUUCGGCCCGCGUACCUCAACUACAGCGACUACAACGUUAUCUCGGUGGAUUGGUCGCCGCUGGCGCCGUCGCCGUGCUACGUGCAGGCCACGUACAACGUGGCGCUGGUGGGGAACUGCACGGCGCAGCUGCUGGACGAGAUGGUGCGGCUGGGCGUCACUCGCCUCGAGGACAUCCACGUCGUGGGCUUCAGCUUGGGCGGCCAGGUCGCCGGCAACAUCGCCAACUACAUCCAGAGCGGCCAGCUCACCAGGAUCACCGGCCUGGACCCCGCGCUGCCGCUCUUCACCACCAUCUCCACGGCGCCGCGCCUCGACGCCACGGACGCCGAGUUCGUGGACGUGAUCCACACGAACGCGGGCUGGAAGGGCAAGCUGAUGCCGUCGGGCCACCUCGACUUCUACCUCAACAGCAUCAUCCAGCAGCCCGGCUGCAGCUGGGACUCUAGCUGCGACCACGCGCGCGCCCCCGCCUACUUCGCGGAGUCCAUCGCCUCUCCGCAGGGCUUCUGGGGCUUCGGUUGCUCCAGCAUCAUCACCUUCUACACGGGGCUGUGCACGCCGGACGACGCCGCGGAGCUGGUGCUCAUGGGGGAGCACGCCAAUUCCAGUGCGCGCGGCGUGUACUUCGCCUACACCAACCCGACGUUCCCGUUCGCCAAGGGCAACGACAUCGGCGACGCGGUGCAGGCCGUCCACAACGCCACCAACCACGUCGGCGAGGCCGCCGUCAACGCCACGUCGGGGGCGGCGGAGGGGGCGGGGGCCGCUGGGGCCGCGGGGGCUGCGGGGGCGGCGGAGGCGGCCAACAGCGUCGCGGCGCACCGCCCCUCCCUGCACAGCGACUCCUGAACGGGGAUCGAACCCGGGACCCUCCGCCGAUCCCAAUGUCAAUGUCAAGCGAACAGAAUAAACAAACCAUGACAGUU